GCAGUGGCGCACAAUGUGUGGUGAGAGGCGGUGCUGCGCAUACCCAUAGCGGGACGCAGCGUGUGGCGCCGCCGGUUCCAUAUGGAGGAAGAAGACUGCCCCGAUCUGGUGCCCAUAGAUAUCGGUGUUGUGCAGGACAGCGAGCAUGGCUGCGGCAGGAAGAUCCCCGUGACCAUCAUCACGGGAUACUUAGGUGCUGGGAAAACAACGCUUCUGAAUUACAUCCUGACUGAACAACACAGUAAGAGAAUUGCAGUGAUACUCAAUGAGUUUGGAGAAGGGAGUGCACUGGAGAAAUCCUUGGCAAUCAGUCAGGGAGGAGAACUCUAUGAAGAAUGGCUGGAGCUCAGGAAUGGCUGUUUGUGCUGCUCAGUAAAGGACAAUGGUGUGAAGGCUAUUGAGAACCUCAUGCAAAAGAGAGGAAAAUUUGACUAUAUAUUGUUGGAAACAACUGGUUUGGCAGAUCCAGGAGCCGUGGCCUCCAUGUUCUGGGUUGAUUCUGAGCUGGGAAGCGAAAUCUAUCUUGAUGGUAUUGUAUCUGUUGUUUAUGCAAAGCAUGGAUUGCAGCACUUGACAGAGGAGAAGCCAGAAGGCCUUCUAGAUGAAGUCAACAGACAGCUGAACCAUCUAGGUGAAAUGGAUGAGACCUUUCAGAGCAGCUUGCAGAAAAAAUUCGAGAGUAUGAAGACAACAGAUGCACAUCUCGACAAGGACAUAGUGACAGUAACACUUGAAGUCCUAGGAAAUAUUAAGGAAGAAAACCUUAAUCUCUUUAUACAGAAUCUUCUGUGGGAAAAGAAUGUGAAAGAUAGGACUGGAUGUACCAUGGAUGUCAUAAGACUGAAGGGACUCGUAUCUAUUCAAGGCAAAUCUCAUCAAGAGAUAGUCCAAGGUGUCCAUGAGCUGUAUGAUCUGGAAGAGACUGCAAUAGAAUGGAAAGAAGAUGAAAAAAGAACCAAUAGACUCGUUUUAAUUGGUAGGAACCUGAAUAAAGAGAUCAUCAAAGAAGUAUUCAUAGGAACUGUGACAGAGAAGCAUGAAAACAGUUGACACUGGACUAUAAACAGGAUGAAGUCUUGUGCUUAAAUCUGCAAGUAUUUAUGAUAAGAAGGACUGAAUGACACACCAUGUUGUAGUAGUUCCUUUUUCUGCUUCCAGUCUACUGGACAGUUAAACUCCUGAGCCCUGCUAAGAAUCCCAGCUCACUACUGUUGAAAGGUUGGCUCUUAUGGUCUAGAUUAAACACAAAAAAAUUCUAGCAUCUUGAA